UGUUUAUGAAACGAAACGUCACUUUUGACUUUCUGUAUUCCUUUUUCAUGAAUGUGUAAAAUCCAAUAAACACUGUGCUUUGUUAUGUGUUUAUAAUAUAGGGAAUUGAUUUUUUAGUUAGUGUUAAGUACAAUGGCAGACUUUGAUGCAAUAUAUCCUGAUGAGACGGAAAUCGAGGAGAAUAUAGAGGAGACACAUGUGACGCUAGUGCCAGAUCCGAUCGUGGUUCGAGGAGCUGGAAACAUGACAGUGUUUGGCCUUAGCAACAAGUUCAACGGCGAGUUCCCCUCGGGCCUGCAGUCGCGGGUAGCGCCCGAGGAGUACCAAGCGACGGUGGCCCGCAUCAACAGCGUGCUGAAAAAGACUCUGCCGGUUAAUGUGAAGUGGCUGUUCUGCGGCUGUGUGUGCUGCUGCUGCACACUAGGAUGCUCUCUCUGGCCUGUUAUAUGUCUCAGUAAAAGGACGCAGCACUCUCUGAACAAGCUGCUGGAGUGGGAGAACAGCCGGCUGUACAACAAGCUCGGGCUUCGCUGGCGCCUCACCAAGCAGCACUGCGACUCCUCCUCCAUGAUGGAAUACGUACUUCUAAUAGAGUUCAUCCCCAAAAUACCCAUAUACAGGCCCGACUAGGCCCCUCACCUCGGCCACAUAGACUUACUACAUAUGUAAAUAUAACACGUAAAUCAUAAAUAAUAUUCUACGUCAUUGCAUCUCGAAGAUAACAACUAAUUUGCAUGGCCAAGCCAAUGAAUCUGUGUAAGCUAGAAUUUAUAUAUUGUGGAGCAGCGCAAGUAGGUACUGAUUAUUCAAUUUAUUUUAAGGAAUUUACACCUUAUUACCGAAACGUACGAGCGCUUUUUCGGUAUCAUUAGAAUUUAAAGUGUUGGAGGCAUAGUAGCAUAAUAGCGGUGUCGUUCCUCGCGCUGUGCUGUUCGAUGUAAAUAUAAGAAUACGGUACAUAAAACACGGACAUAUAAGUGCUACUGUUAAACGCUUUUUGUGUAUAGGUAGAUGCAUUAUGAAUAUCGCAAGCUUAGUCUGCAAAUGUUAUCUCAAUGUGUAUAUAUUUGUGAGGUUUGUAAGGAUAUAUAAGCUUUUGGAAGCUGCUAAAUAUGUUAUUGAUCUUAUAAGUGAAAUGAUUAGCGUAGAGAAGGCUAUGUACUGGCCAUGAGUAUGGAACCUCCUUCAUUAUUGUUGGUCGAUAUCGAAUAUUCACAGUUGUACCUUACAAUAUGAACUCGGCCAAACUUGGUCUCACAACAUUACUUCAGAUACGUAUGAUAUCUGAAUGAUUAUGUUAUCCGCGCACUUUGUAUACUUACAAUUGUCUAAGAGUAGAUUGCUGUUUAGUGUCAGUCCGUGUAGCUGCUUGCUGCCUGAGGCCGCACAUGACGCGAUGCUCGGCUCCACUCACCGGACCAUCGAUGUUUACGAACAAAUACUGUAUGCUCAAAACCAUGCUUAUGUAUAUUUUUGUUAUGUAAUUAGCGUUAAAGUUUUUAGUUUGUAGCAGAUCAUUUAUACGCCUUGAAUGUUGUGUUUAUCAUUUCCUGGCUGACCUAUUUCUACUAAGCGUAAGCUAGAUAACUUAUCUGUUAGAGACUAUUGUACAGCCAAAUAACAUUUCUCAGUAACGUUACCUUUUGUUAGGAGUGAAAACAUUUUGCCUUAUUAAAUAGAAUAGGUUUAUAACGUGGAACAAAUCGUAAGUUACUCGUGUAAAGCGGUAACAUCCACAGCGGAGUUAGUGACCUGUCUGUUCACUUGUGUUUGUAAUGACGGCGGCGCCACUGACGCACGCGACACAUUCGUGUUCGCGCUAUUUUUAUUCACAUUUAUUGAACUAACUUUAUUGAUAUAGGUCAGUGGUCAUUAUUCCGCCAAUUCAUUCUAAUCAUCGCAACUGUUCUGUCAUCGGACAGAUCCGUUUGUACCAUUUUUUUACGUUGCUAUGUAUGUGUACCUGAAUGUCGAGUUUCUGUAGAAUCGUUUAGAAUCUGAAGCCGUAGUGACAGUAAUAGCGGGGAGCCGAUUCUAAAGUAUAUGCUAGGGUAAUAUUUGGGACUGUGUUAUUAGACGAUUAGCUUAACUAAUGUUAUGUACGUUAGGUGUAUCCGCCCUCUUUUCUCUUUUCAACAUGUUGUGAAGCGUCGCGAAGGGCCGGUAUGACUUAUCAUCGCUACUAAACUAAUCCGUAAUUUUAAGAUUUUAAUUGAAACGUAGUUUGCUCGGAUUGUUAUCUUGCCACCUACUCGUUUUACUUAUUAUUUACUGUUUGAACGCAACGGUUGAAAAGCGAACAGGGUAUGUUGACAGUAAGUUGUUAUAAGGAAUUGUAAAUAUUUUAAGAAUUAUUUUUGUUCAAAUAAUAAACUUCACUAUAUGUGAUGGAAUUAUAAAACUUU